GAAUUGCUGGGUCAUCUGGGUCAUCUGUUUUUAAUUUUUUGAGGAAUUGUCAUACUGUGCUCUGUAGCUGCAUUAUUUUGCUCCCCGUCCGACAGCACGCACGGGGUCCUGCUUCUUUCCAUCCUCACCAGGGCAUGUUUUUUCCUCCUUUUUAUGUAGUCUGCCUUUUGAAAACUUCUCAGCACUCGCUUUCGGCAGCCCCAGGGUGUAGGUGUUGCUUAGUUCCUGGAAGCGUGUUGCCAGGUGGGGCCCCGACCCUGUCACUUGCUAAUAAUUAUAGAACAGCUUUGCUUCCAAAUGGAGGUAUCUUCAGAUUUGCAAAUAGAUUCCUCGGUGGAGAGGGUAGGGAAAGAUCUCCGAGCAACUUGUGAUUUUUUGUGGUGGAAAAAUAUACCCGCUGAUCCCGCAAAGGAAAGACCACAGGGCUGGAAGUUGAGGAAUCUGAGUUUGGCUCUGUCUCUGUGGGGGGGUCGGGGAGCUCAGCCUGCCUGGUAACCUUGAAUUUACUCGUUAAGAGCGGGAGGGCUGCUUUGGUCUUGAGGACAGGAGCACAGAGCGGCGUUUCACUUCAAUUAUUAAAGAUGCUCUUUCGGUUGCUCAGGAUCGAGGCGGGCAGCCUUUAUCUUUGGACGGUUGGAGCUGGAAUUGGACCUUGCGGGUCACCUGGGCCAGUGUCCUCAUCUCACGGAUGAGAAGCUGGGCCGCAGAGAUGGGAAUCCCAGGCCGUUGGGAGGUUUUUCUUGCCUAUGAAUAAAAAGCACUGGCCGGCAGGUCCUGAGGCCUUCCCAGGAGCGGGGCUGGCAGAGCCUUGCUGGCGUCCCUGUCACUCGGGGGUGACUGUAGCUCAUACACGAGGGCGAUGAAGCUGGGGGAGGACGCCGUGGGUGGUGGGAGCGGGUCUCGACAGAACCAAAGCUGAGGUCCGAUCCGGGAUUGUGAUCUUGGGCAUUUGUUUCCUGGGGCGCUUUUGCUUGUCCUUGGGUUGUCUCAUCUGAAAGGCCUCACACCUACAGCGUUACCGUGAGAGUCACGUGGACACGAGGCCACGUAUCUGAAAGAAAUUGAGCAAAAAUGUCAUUUACACCACGGGCACCGCUGUGCAGCUAGAGGUUUAUGUUUGUCCAUGAGUCCAGCGUGUUAAAAUCUAGGUUGACCGUUGCGAUGAUAAUUUCUCUUAUAAAGGGAUUUCCUGGAAGAAGUAUCAGGGUUACAGAUGACCCUUCUCUAUAUUGUUCAUCUUUUCAGGAACUGUCCUCCCCUCCCUUGCCCGGGGAAAUUAACGUGCACUGCUAAACAGAGUUAAACUGUGCUGGAUUUUAUGUCGUUAAGUACCGGCCUUUGAUAGCCAGGUCUGCCCCCACUGAGUGUCUGCCCGCUUCCUCAUCUGAGGGAGGAAGUAUGGUAUUGAUCCAGAGGGCAUCAUUUAAAAUGGUACAGCACGAGUUCUGGCUGUGCCUCAGUGGUAACGAACCUGACGAGCAUCCACAAGGACGCGAGUUCAAUCCCUGGCCUUGCUCAGUGGGUUAAGGAUCCAGCUUUACCAUGAGCAGUGGUGUAGGUUGCAGACGCAGCUCAGAUCCCACAUUGCUGUGGCUGUGGGAUAGGCUGACAGCUGCAGCUCUGACUUGACCCCCAGCCUGGGAACUUCAUAUGUUGCAGGCAUGGCCCUAAAAGCCAAAAAAAAAAAAAAAGGUACAGCCAACCAGAGGGCUUUCUCAUGCUCUUUUCUUUGUGGGUUUUGUUCACGGCUUUUACAUCUCUGGCUGGUUCUAAUUCAGAAUCAAAUCAGCAGUUGGUGCGCGCAGGCGGGAGGCGUGUGAACAACCACAUCUGAGCCUCGACGUCCUCCUUCGUGUGGCAGGGCUGCUCACAUCACUUCUGCUGACGUCAUAGGGGUUGAGGUGAUGCUUAUGAAAGGUAGUUUUGUUUGGUUUUGUUUUCUUAACUUGAAAGGACAAGGCUUGAUCCUUGGCCCCAAGGAGAAUCUGGCUUCACCAAGUGGCAGGAAAACCACAUGGCGAAAUAGACACAUCAGAGCGAGAAGGUUGACGGUUACAAGCUGUGUAGGCCGAGGUUAAGCAGGACCACGUUGGGGCAUGCGCCGUGGUGAUCGCUGGACUCGUACCUGAGGCUCAAACCAUGAACUACGUCGGGCAGCUGGCGGGCCAGGUGUUUGUCACCGUGAAGGAGCUCUACAAGGGGCUGAAUCCCGCCACCCUGUCCGGCUGCAUCGACAUCAUCGUGGUGCGGCAGCCCAACGGGAGCCUGCAGUGCUCCCCCUUCCACGUCCGCUUCGGGAAGAUGGGGGUCCUGCGCUCCCGAGAGAAGGUGGUGGACAUAGAGAUCAACGGAGAGUCAGUGGAUCUGCACAUGAAACUGGGAGACAAUGGAGAGGCAUUUUUUGUUCAAGAGACGGAUAAUGAUCAGGAGGUGAUCCCCACGCACCUGGCCACCUCCCCAAUCCUGUCGGAAGGCGCCUCGCGGAUGGAGUCCCAGCUGAAAAGGAACUCCCUGGAUCGGCUGCGGAGCCUGGACCCCAGCACGUCAGCCCAGGUCCUGCCCCCCGGCGAGAGCCCUUCCAGUGGCUCUUUGGUGAAGAAGAGACGGAAGAGGAGGAGGAAGUCCCAGCUGGACAGCCUGAAAAGGGACGACAACACGAACACGUCGGAGGACGAGGACAUGUUUCCCAUAGAGAUGAGCUCGGACGAGGAGGCUGAGCCCCUGGACAGUAGUAGAACUCUUUCUAGUGAGAUCCCUCCAUUCCAGGAAGAUGUCCCUAAAGAAAACCUGUCCCCAGUCGUGACUUACCCGCAGUCGGCCUCGUACCCUAAUUCCGACAGAGAGUGGUCACCCAGCGCCAGUAACCUGCUAGACGGCAGGAGGCCCCCCCCUCAUCUCGCGGUCGUGGCCGAGGGGGGUCUUUCUAGCUCUUGCCCGCCGCAGUCCUCCCACUUCCACGCUUCGGAAAGUCCUUCAGUUUCCCGGCCUUCCACACCUAAAAGUGAUUCAGAAUUGGUCAGUAAGUCCGCGGACAGGACAAUGCAGAAGAACAACCUUGAAAUGCUGUGGCUCUGGGGGGAGCUGCCGCAAGCCACAAAGUCAUCUCCACUCAAGCUGAAAGACUCCAGCCCGUUGAACAGCAGGAAAAUCUAUGAUAAAAUGCACUUUCAAGCCAUUCACAGUGAAUCUUCGGACGCGUUCAGCGACCAGUCACCGACGGGGGCCCGGGAGUCCCCGGUGCCGCCGCUCUUGGAGCAGAGCAAGCCCCAGGCCGAGAUACCGUUUGCGAACGAAGAAGACGUUGAGGCCUUAGGGGCUGCGGCCCCGCCUCUACCCACCAUCGAAGAGCCCAAGCCCCUCUCUGCCAGCACUGCCCAAUCUGCGAGCAAGACAGACUCGCCUUCAAGGAAAAAGGACAAACGAAGCAGACACCUCGGGGCCGACGGCGUCUACCUGGAUGACCUCACAGACAUGGAUCCCGAAGUCGCCGCCCUGUAUUUCCCCAAAAACGGAGAUCCGUCUGGGCUCACAAAACAGGCCAGCGACAACGGCGCCCGCUCGGCCAACCAGUCCCCGCAGUCCGCGGGCAGCUCUGGCGUCGACAGCGGCGUGGAGAGCACCUCCGACGGCCUGAGGGACCUGCCGUCCAUCGCCAUCUCCCUGUGCGGGGGCCUCAGCGACAACAGGGAAAUCACCAAAGAUGUGUUUUUGGAACAAGCCGUGUCGUAUCAACAGUUUGUGGACAACCCUGCCCUCAUCGACGACCCCAAUCUCGUGGUGAAGAUUGGGAAUAAAUACUAUAACUGGACAACAGCCGCACCUCUGCUCCUGGCGAUGCAGGCCUUCCAGAAACCUUUGCCAAAGGCCACGGUGGAAUCUAUCAUGAGGGAUAAGAUGCCCAGAAAGGGAGGAAGAUGGUGGUUUUCGUGGCGGGGAAGAAACACCACGAUCAAAGAGGAAAGCAAGCCAGAGCAGUGCUUGGCAGGAAAGAGCCACAGUACUGGGGAGCAGCCGUCACAGCUUGGCAUGGCCACCAGAAUGAAGCACGAAUCAUCCUCCAGUGAUGAGGAGCACGCAGCUGCCAAGCCGUCCGGCACAAGCCACCUCCCCCUGUUGUCCAGCGUCAGCUACAGGAAGACCCUGCGGCUCACGUCGGAGCAGCUGAAAAGCCUCAAGUUGAAGAACGGCCCCAACGACGUGGUAUUCAGCGUCACCACGCAGUAUCAGGGCACGUGUCGCUGCGAGGGCACCAUCUACCUGUGGAACUGGGACGAUAAGGUGAUCAUCUCCGACAUUGACGGAACCAUCACCAGGUCGGACACUCUUGGCCACAUUUUGCCCACCCUUGGGAAGGACUGGACCCACCAGGGCAUAGCCAAGCUGUACCAUAAAGUGAGCCAAAAUGGGUAUAAGUUCCUCUACUGCUCGGCUCGUGCCAUCGGGAUGGCGGACAUGACGCGGGGCUACCUGCACUGGGUCAACGAGCGUGGCACGGUGCUGCCCCAGGGCCCGCUGCUCCUGAGCCCCAGCAGCCUCUUCUCCGCCCUGCACAGAGAAGUGAUUGAAAAGAAGCCAGAGAAGUUUAAAGUCCAGUGUUUGACAGACAUCAAAAACCUGUUUUUCCCAAACACAGAACCUUUUUAUGCUGCUUUUGGAAACCGACCCGCUGAUGUGUACUCGUACAAGCAAGUGGGAGUGUCCCUGAACAGAAUAUUCACUGUCAACCCCAAAGGGGAGCUGGUGCAGGAACACGCCAAGACCAACAUCUCCUCGUACGUGAGGCUCUGCGAGGUGGUCGACCACGUUUUCCCAUUGCUGAAAAGAAGCCACUCUUCCGACUUCCCCUGCUCAGACACGUUCAGUAACUUCACCUUUUGGAGGGAGCCACCGCCGCCUUUUGAAAACCAGGACGUUCAUUCUGCAUCGGCGUAGACUGUUCCAGGCGAACUCCUGACAUCCUGCGAAGACCUGGCACCCCCAUUAAAGGAGAGGUUUGGGGACGUGCAGUCAUGUGCUUAAGAGCAGAGAGCAUCCAGGAGCCUUUCUCUCCCCGUCCCCCUCGCCAGGGGGGACAUUUCCAAGUGACCCGAGAAGGGUGUACUUCCUAGGUCCUAGGGGAGUUGGGGGCCUCCCUGGUGUGGAGGCUGCGCCUCUCAUGGCCCAGGCCCGUCACUGCGCUGCCCUCCCCGGCCCCGCUGCAGUCCUGGAGCCUCUAUAAUGUGUGCAGGGUGGGCCGGGAAACCUGGGGUCCCCAGGAUGACGGGUCCCGGGAGGGGCGCCAGGCCCCCACGACUUCUGGGAGAGUCAGGGGCACGUUUCCACAUGGCACAUGGUGCCACUUCUGCUGCGCCUGGCGGGAGGCGGUGCAGGGCCUGGUGACCUGAAUCCGAGGUCUUGGAAGGGACUCCAAGCCUCCCGGUGCUCGGCCUUGACCGCGUGGCUGUCCCCCGGCAGGAUUUGCUCCCUGCCCCGCCCCCCCCCCAGUCUCAUUUAGGAGAUAAGUUCUUAAAUUCCUUUGGUUAAAGAUCACCUCUGUAGCUGGCGUAUUUCCCCCCAUUUUUGUGGCGCAAGGCUGGAAUGUUUAUGCCUUAUGCAUCUGCGGCAGGCAUUUGAUUUCGAAUGUGCUUUGCCCGGCUCCCUGCCACUUUGCAAUGCCUUAAGUUCAGACGAGAGGAGAUAUUCCUAAGGCAGUAUUUUGAAUCACUUCCUUACUCUGCCAGCAACCUGCCUAGCAAGGCGGUGCUGAAAAUGUGGGCUCCAGCAGAGUUUAUGCCCAACGGUGAUGAUGGCAGUGUCCGUUGGGGGCUCUCAAGGGAGACUGGUCGGUUUUAAGAAAAUAGUUGGAAGAAGUUAAAUUAUAUUCUUUGUAGAUCGUAUUAUUUAUUCCUUUACUCUGGGUUGCUGUUAUAAGCAUUUUAGCCAUAUUCGUCCUAUUACAACUGUCAUUAAUACAUUAAAAAGAUACCUAUUAGACCAUCCAAAAAGCCUUAUUCUGUACUUCUCACAACACUGACCCUCUUUGGGGUUUUGUGAGUAAUGCUUUUUCUUUCCCUUAGCCCCGCACCCGCCCCAGGUUCAGGGCAAGUGGGGAAGUAGCCAUUUGAGUGACAUUCUUUGACCUGGUAGAAGAUAAUUCUUUUCCUUGUUUAUUAAAUUGGCUGCUGGAGAGAAUAAUGUGAAAAGCGAAAACAUUAUUUUGGUAAAAAAAAAAAAAAAAAAAAAAAAGUGCUGCUUGACUGUACGAAGUGUUUUUUUUUUUUUUUUUAAGCGUUUUGCUCCAGUGACUGAAAUGCCCUCCUACUUAAAUCUCGUGGUUAGAGUCGGAGGGCCCAGGCAGUGGGAUGGCUGAUGGCAGCUUUACUCUUUCUGUGAAAGAAAAUCCAGAGGUGGCAUUGCCUUCUUUGUUGUCAGGGGGCUCUGCUGCCUGUGGGCGCCUUCACCGAGCGGUCUGUGGGGUUACACAGAUAAGAGCAAACAUCCCUGUGCAGCUGAGUGUAGGCCUGCAUUCAAGCACGAACUGCAUGUACAGAUGCCCUUUGGGAGGCAUUAAAAAUUUUAAAUUUUUAUAAUUUAAAAUAGGGAGUUCCCUGGUGGCCCAGUGGGUUAAGAAUCUGGCAUCACCACAGUGACUUGGGUUGCUGCUGGAGUGCCGGUUUGAUCCCAGACACGGGAACUUCUGCAGGCCAAGGGUGUGGCUAAAGGAAAAAAAGUAAUUUAAAUAGUCCUGCUUUAGCUUGGGCUUGCUUAUUAGUUUUAGAGGCUACAUUCAUUCUGUCACAAGGGUAUCUUAGGGUGAAUUUUAAGUAUUGUGAACUACGUGGAAGCAAGCUCACGAGCCUGCACAGACCAGCCCGGUUUCUCCCUCGCGCUGGGAGGAACUUGGCUGAUGGAUCUCGUGUCCCUUGUGGGGUUUGCCUUGCAGCGGGACAACCAGCUGUCGUCCUCUCUCCUGAGAGUAUGCAUCUUUGGACCCCAAAUUUCAAUGUCCCCUAAGCUCUCUCCUCAGCACCCCCUGAAACGGCACACCAUCCGGAAAGCAGCACUCUCAGAUCUGUGUCGGGUUCAGAGCGUGAGCCCUGGAGAGGCUGUACCAUUCACACCUGCCCAUGGCUUCGGGAACGACUAGUGCAUGGGCAGCCCUCAGGCCUCUGUGGGUUGGUUUAGCUGUGGUCACACAUCCCUAACUCAGUGACCCCACAGCCGUGGGCCAGGAUGCUCUAUUUGGACCACACAUAUCGAAGUCGCCCUCUGGAUGAUCGAAUCACAAAGUGACAAGUCAUCGAAUGUUCAUCACAUGUGGUGAAGAAAAAUAGAAAAUAAUUCCACCUUCAAAGAGAAUUCCCUUUUCCAUUUUAGGUUUGGAUCGCUGCUUGAACGUAUUUUAUUUCCAACCCUUGGUCUGUGUUUGUAUAUGCCGGGACAAUGAUAAAAAUCACUGUAAUACUUCCUUGUGCUGGGCUGGAUGCAAAGCUAGAAAAUACUGUAAUAAAUGAGACCAAUGAAAGACCUCCCUGAACCUCAGCCGUGUGCAUUUUAAAUAGUUGUUGGUAAGUUGCUGAUUUCCUACUCUGUGAUCUCAAGCAUAUUAUUUUCUACUCAGAGAACAAAAAUGAAAGCCAAAACCCUUAAGGCUAUGAUCUGGUCAGUAUUUGGAAUAAAAGAGCCAGUCUUUUCUGAU